GCUCAGGGUUGGACAGCCACACUGAAACCGGGCUGGGGGUUCAGAAAGGAUCCGAAGUCCUGGCAAGGCCCAGGACAGGACCAUGGCCAGUGGGGGCAGUGAUCUCAGCACCAGGAUGUUUGCAAAACAAAACAGAUUUAUGUGUGAGAUUGCCUUCAAACACUUCAAAGAACGUAAGGUUGAGAUUUCAGAUGCAAUAAAAACACCAUUUCCUUUCCUCGAGACCCUUCAUGACCGUGGAUUCAUCACCAAUAAAGUGUAUAAUGAGUCUAAAAAAUCUUGUGAAAACCUGUCAGCUGUACCAAAAGUGGUGUAUGCAAUCCUCUAUAACAUGGAGGAGAGAUGUCACCUGCCACUUCUGGAAAUCUUGUUCAGCGAGUUCCUGAUGAAGAGCUACCCUGAUUUAAAUGGCAUUUGUGAAGGCUUCAGAGAUGUGAUCCUAAAGGAAAUUUGUGACCAAGCAAGUGUGAAAGAAGAGAGUACAGAGAACCCUAUUAUCCAACUAAGCCUUGAACGAGGAACUGGUGAAAACUCAUACCCAUGCCUGUCCUGGCUCUUCCCAGAUCAGUCCAAUUACAAAGGUACAGCUCCACCUGACAAUAGGCUCCCAGAGCACCUCACUAAAACGAAAGACAUAAAAAUGAAAACAAAUAUAAUCAAUGACAAUGAUGCACUGGAAAGCCAACAAGCAAAUGAACAAUGUGCCCAGGUGUCUGAGCCAGCAGGAGUGGAGCUACCCCACCAUGGAAUCCCAGUGAAUCCCUUCUGUUUACAUCUGAAGGACACAAUGAAGGAAACGCCAUUUUUUAAUUCAGGAAGUGAAUGGAAAGCACAAGCAAGGAGUGGUGGUAACCAGGAGUCUGACAUAAUAGAGAUCAGCAGUGAUGAGUCUGCAGAAUGCAGAAACAGAGAAGAGCCUCCUGAAGCUUCCACCUCAGCACUGAAAAGAAAACCAGGUUUCAUGGAUCUUGGAAACAACUCUGCUUUACAAAAACCUAAGAGAAGAAGAAGGGCAAGACAGCAGCCAGGUGUGUUUGUGAAUUUUCGUGCUCAAAUACUUCGUGUGGCCUGUGGGGAGAUGAAGGGGCUGUUAAUUAGGAGGAAAUUGGAACGAGGAGCCACAAGGAAGUGCAUAAGAACUGAAGAUGGAAACUGGUUCACUCCCAGGGAAUUUGAAGUCAGAGGAGGCUACGAAAAAGCAAGUAACUGGAAGACCAGCCUGACCUGCAGUGGAAAAACCCUAAAACAGCUGAUGGAGCUUCGACUUCUACUUCCUCCUCCAAAAACAUUUUGCAAGGGAAAAAAGGAGGGAAACUCAGACAAAUGUGUGAUCUGCCUGGAUGGAGGAAAGCUCUUCAGGUGUGGUACUUGUUACAGAUUCUUUCAUGGGGACUGUCACCUCCCACCUGUGGACACUAAGAGGAAGAGUUGGAAUUGUACCUUCUGCAGAAUAGGAAACUCUUCAGGAUGUCAGCAGCAUUACAGAAAAUCUGAGAUCCUGGUGAAGCUGAUGGGGCCUGAGGAGAAGUUGAAAUGUGAGUUCCUCCUCUUAAAGGUCUAUUACCAUUUAGAAAAUAAUGUUUUUCCAAGUAUUCCACGUGAAAAUUAUGUGAGAAAGGCUUCUCAAUGUGUAGGGAAACUUAGGAAGUUGGACAUAAUCAAGAAAAAACUAAUUAAAGGAAACUACCCUCAAGUUGAAGAUUUUGUGUGGGCCAUGGAGAAUUUCUUUUGGGAUCCCAAGCAAAUAUAUUUAUACUUAAAAAAGGAAGAAUUCAUGAAGGACUUCAAAGAAAUCUUUGCUAUUCGGGACACAAAUUAGAACAGUUCACUGGUGCAGUAGAUGCUGUUGGAACUCUGAAUAUCCUGCUAUCAAGCUGGAUUUUCUCUGCAACAGAGAACCCUGCUAUCAACUCUGCAACAGAAACCCUGCUUCUGUUAGGAUUGGCUGCUGAUGCCACCUCUCCUUAGUAUAUUGCUUCAGGCCAGAUUCACCUAAUCAUUAUAUCUUUUUAACCUGGGGUUUUGUUCCCAGCCCCAAGGUUACACCAAUGAUACACAGUGAGUUAUGUUCCCAUGUCCCCAGGGACUCAAGCUAGAGCUAUUGCCCAGCUGUGAGCAUGUCCUUGCUUCAUUUUCCCCUCCAUGAAGGGGAAAGUAAGGGAUACCCCUGCUCCUCUUACCCUCCUCCUCCUCAGAGAAUUCUCACAAUAAAUCACUUAUUUAAGAGACUUUAUACUGACUUCCGGACAAGAUGGAGGCAUAGGUGGACACACUGUACCUCCACGCACAACCAAGAUAGGAACAACAACAAUUUAAAAACAGAAUAACAUCCAGAAAUGAUAGAAAAUUGAUCUGAAUGGAAGUUGGACAACCAAGAAGUUGAAUUAGAUCCAUGUAUCCAGACUGGUAGGAGGGGCGGAGAUGAGCAGCCGGGCACAGGUUGAGUCGCGGCACAGAGAACAGAGAGCAGUGGGACCGGCAUGUAAGACAUCCGGGAACAUGUAAGGCAUCCAGGGCAUACAGGACCACAGCAGGUGGACCCUGAGUGCACAGGCAGCAACUGGCAGACCCCAGGCCAGGGGUGGCAACCGGCAACCAGCAGACCCAGUGCGAUAAUAAAACAAGGCAGGGCGAGCAACCCAGGAUCACAGCGCUGGGAAAUAGAGCCUCAGGACACUGAUUGAGGACAUCUGUGGGAAUUGAGGAGCACGGAGAGACACCCAUCCUGAUGAGGGAGGUCCUUGGAGGGUCCCACUGCGUGCACAAGCCCACCCACAUAGGAAUUGGCACCAGAGGAGCCCAGUUCACUUGGGGGAAACAGCAGAGGGGACUGAGGUCCCAUGGAGAAUGGAGCAACCACCAUUGUUCCCUCUCAACCCUGCCCCCACAUACAAUGUCACGACCCAGCAACUGGGGUGCCCUGCCCUGGUGAACACCUAA